GUCUACUGCUUGAGGGUUGUUGAUGAAGUGAUGAUGAUAGGCCUAAGUGGUGGGGUUCAACCCGGUUCUGUGUAAAAUAAAAAGGUGCAUUCAGGCUGAGGUACACCCGCCAAGGACGAAGUUUGCCUUUUGUUUUAGAGGACCUUUGAGUAUCUGGGUAGCAGACGCUGCACGCAUGUUAUUCAUUAAAAUUCACCACGUGUGUCAAUGAUCAUAGUCGAUAGAUCUACUGAAUUCCUGAUUCCAAGACUUAGAAAAAGUCAUUUUUACUUUUUGUGACUGGGUACCAGUCCCAAGCACAGUUUAGAAAGAGAAAAGCCCGAGAUCAGAAAGCCACCUAAAUCUAGAUUCUAAGUCUGAAGUAGAAUUGCCCUAAUAACUUUACUCGUGCAAGAUCAAAUUAAAAGCCCUACAAAUUAACUAGACUAUCUAGAUUAUAAAGACAAAGAGUGAACUGGGGAAAACUCGUGUCACUUGUGAAAAUCAAAAGUGACGAAAGAUGCCGAAAGGAAACAGGCGACUUUAUGAAAGGCUUAUAGCUGCUGUCCAGCUACGGGAAGAACUCUACAACCCGCAGAGUCCAAAUUAUAAAGAUAGGAAUCUCUGUGAUGCAGCGUGGAUCCAGGUGGCUGAAACUGUGGGACUUUCACCGGCCGAGGCCAAGAAAACAUGGGGUACACUCAGGUCCUCCUUUUGCCGAUGUCUCAACAACGAGAUUCUCAAUUUUGGGUCGGCGACCUCGUCCCCAAUGACUAAGUGGUACCUGGCCGACCAGAUGGGCUUCAUGCGGCCAUUUGUCCACCGCUGGCAGGCCAAGGGGGGAUCGAUGGGUGGCCUGUACGCUGACGGGCUGGAAGAGGGAGAGCUGCCAAUCGCCUUCAAGUCAGAGCUGCCGGAGGAGGGGAGCCUGUACAGCGCCAUGGAGGAAGCUUCCUCCGUCUCCACGGCCUCCUCCAUGCUCAGCCAAUCGGAUCAGCCGGCCGGCCUGCCGUGCCCCGAGCCUCAGUUCAAGAAGCAGAAGACGGACUGCACGCCCACGGAGCUGGACAUGCUCAAGCUGCUCAACACGAGCGCGUCUGCUCUGAGCCCGGCCUCCCUCAAGGAGGAGGAGGACCCCGACCUGCUCUUCUUCAAGGGACUCCUGCCCACCUACAAGGAGCUGCACCGCAAGCGGCAGCGGAAGAUCCGCCUGGAGAUCACCAAGAUGAUCUACGCAGAGGUGGAGGAGCAGGAGCAGGAUGAGGAGAGGCACAACUCGUGUGCUGACAAUUCUAUGGUUCCUAUAGGAGAGCAAAUUUUGCAUUGAAGGCCUACCCUAUCCCCCCCCCCCCCCCCCCUUCCCUUCCACUUCACUCCCAC